CUUCAGUAAUGUAGGACUAGUUCACUGACGCUGCUAUUGUGCAACGCGAGCUUUCAGUUCCUCUGGCAGGUACCAGUCAGUAAGCAAUAGGAAUCAGCUCUUUCGUUGGAGAUGGCCACCUUUUUCUCUGACCUGGUUCAGUUCCAGGGGCUACUUCAAAUGGUCCUAGUGCUGGGAAUUGGAGGUAGUUUCCCAUAUGGAUUCCAUAUUUCUGUCAUCAACUCCCCCUCUGUGCACAUCAGGAACUUUAUUAAUGAAACCUGGAUGGAGCGACACGGCUCCCCCCUCCAUCCAGAGACAAUCAUGCUGCUGUGGUCCUUCAUUGUGUCUGUCUUUGGGAUUGGAGGCUUCCUGGGGAGCCUCUGCUGUGGCUACCUGACUACCAGAUACAGAAAAAAAAAGUGCCAGAUUGCCACCAACCUGAUCAUGCUGGUAGCUGCACUUUUAAUGGCCUUGAGUAAAACAGCCAAAUCCUUCGAGCUGAUUCUGGCCGGACGCUUCCUUUACGGCAUUGGCACAGGGUUUUCUCUCAAUAUACAUCCUCAGUAUGUAGGAGAGAUUUCACCCAAGAAGCUGCGUGGAUUUACAAACUCCACAGUUUCUGUUUUUCUGACACUGGGGAAACUCACAGGACAGGUUAUUGGACUACGGGAGAUUUUAGGAAGUGAAGCUUUGUGGCCAUGGUUGUUAGCAUUUGGUGGACUGUCAGCCCUGCUUCAACUGGUUACUCUUCCAUUUUUCCCUGAUUCACCAUCCUACCUCCUGAUCCAGAAGGGUAAUGAGGAAGCCUUCAGGAAAGCCAUUAGGAAGCUCUGGGGGGAAGGAGACCAUCAAGCAGAAAUUGAUGACAUUAUGAAGGAGAAGGUUGCAAUGACGAGCACCAAAACCUUGCGUGUCCUUGAAUUAAUAAAAGAGCCAUCUAUGCGCUGGCAGCUUUACAUUCUGAUGAUUCUCAUGACCACCUUGCAGCUCUGUGGAGUCAAUGCAAUAUACUUCUAUUGUUUUGAAGUAUUCCAUACAGCCAAGUUUGAAGAACAUCUUAUCCCGUACGUGUCCCUGGGAGUUGGGCUAUGUGAAUGCCUAUCUUCUAUAUUGUGUAGCACCCUUAUAGAGAGAUUCGGGAGGAAGGUUCUGCUCUGGAGAGGAUAUACACUAAUGUGUUCUGUGCUAGCACUCCUUACCACCACCCUGUCACUGCAGCACCGGUUCUUCUGGCUGCACUACUUCAGUGUUGUCUUGAUCUUCCUAUUCGUUAUCUUCUAUGGAAUUGGACCGUCUGGAGCCUCUAUAACUGUCAUGGUUGAAAUCUUCAGCCAAUCAUUCCGACCAUCAGCCUUUCUGAUUGUCGGCUGCAUCAACUGGACGGGACUGUUUGUACUCGGGAUGGUUUUUCCAUUGAUUGUUGAUAACCUCGGUCCCUUCUGCUUCCUCAUCUUUUUGGGAAUCCUUGCUCUAUCAGCAACUUUCGUCUACCUGUACCUCCCUGAGACCAAGGGAAAGUCAAUCAUGGAGAUAAUGGCAGAGUUCAACAAGCUGAAUUUUGGAAAAAAGGAAAUCUCAGUUACAGAAAAUAACUUCCCUAAGGAUCAGUUGUUCUGCACCAAACUCUGAAUGUCCACAGGAGAAAUCUGCAUUCUUUAGAAAAGACAGAAAACAAUGCUGCAAUGGAAAUAAAAAGGAAUCAUUGAAAAUAGAACAC